CAAUAAAUUGAGGGGAGACCAAUAUAUAUAUUGGAUUAGGACAAUGAAACAAGGCUUAUUUAAAUUAAUAUUAGUAUAGAGAAAGGGUGCAAAGAUGAUUGCAAUAAGUUGCAUAAUGACUUUCAUAUUUAUAGGUCACCAUAUAGGUAUUGAUGCUAUGAAUGCAUAUUGUUCUCUGCCCUGUCCGUUUAUGUACUCUGCGCCACCUCCUGCAUCAUAUGGGUAUCUGGGUACACAGCCUAGGACCCCAGUCAUCAUGGGAAGGUCUUACAUUUCAUAUGAAGACUACACCGACUCCACCACUGAAGACAUGGAACCACCAGCCGUGAAGCCACGCCAAUCCGAACCAGAUACACCUUCGAAAUCCAAGCCUGUACCAGAGGAACCAAGUCCCCCUCCACCACCGCCUAAAAAGAAGGCUGGUCCUAAUUCCGAAAGUCCUCCAGCUCCGAUCGGUCCCCCAGGUUCUAUUGGCCCAUCAGGUGUUCCCACUAGACGGUUCUUUACUUCCCUAUUCUCAAUACCAGGAGCUGUUAUGGAUACUUUAUUAAGUGGGGAGAUUGUAUUGUAAUAUGAUAAGUAAAAU